GCCGAAAAGAGACGAACGGGGCGAUGGACCGCUGCUGGACUCUAUGAAGAGUCAGAAACAUAACUUUGUCAAACAGAGAACGCAACGUUGGGGAAAAUACAGCGGAUACCUUUGUUACAACUUCACGUGAGAGAGGUGGUGGUGUGGUUGCCAUGGUGGAUAAAAUGUCAAGUUUCCUGCACAUUGGGGACGUAUGCUCCCUUUAUGCAGAAGGCUCUACCAGUGGCUUCAUAAGCACACUAGGGUUGGUUGAUGACCGAUGUGUUGUCCAACCCGACGCAGGGGACCUGAACAACCCACCCAAAAAGUUCAGGGACUGUCUGUUCAGACUAUGUCCGAUGAACAGAUACUCGGCACAGAAACAGUUCUGGAAAGCUGCCAAACCUGGAGGAACCAGCACCACAGAGACAGUUCUCCUCAACAAACUUCAUCAUGCUGCUGAUUUAGAGAAGAAACAAAAUGACUCUGAAAAUAAAAAGCUUCUGGGAACAGUUAUUCAGUACGGCAAUGUCAUCCAGCUUCUCCAUCUUAAGAGCAAUAAGUAUCUGACUGUGAAUAAGCGCUUGCCGGCUCUCCUGGAAAAAAAUGCUAUGCGUGUGACACUGGAUGCUGCUGGAAAUGAAGGUUCCUGGUUUUACAUUCAGCCCUUCUACAAGCUCCGCUCUAUAGGAGACAAUGUGGUCAUCGGAGAUAAGGUUGUAUUAAAUCCUGUCAACGCUGGACAGCCGCUUCAUGCCAGUAGCCAUCAGCUUGUAGAUAAUCCAGGGUGCAAUGAGGUAAAUUCAGUGAACUGUACCACCAGUUGGAAAAUUGUUCUCUUCAUGAAAUGGAGCGACAACCAGGAGGUUGUCUUGAAAGGUGGUGACGUGGUGAGGCUGUUUCAUGCCGAGCAGGAGAAAUUUCUAACGUGCGACGAACACAGAAAAAAACAGUACGUCUUCUUGCGCACCACCGGACGGCAGUCCGCGACAUCUGCAACCAGCAGCAAAGCACUAUGGGAGGUGGAGGUUGUACAGCAUGAUCCCUGCAGAGGUGGGGCGGGCUACUGGAACAGUCUCUUCAGGUUUAAACACCUGGCGACCGGCCAUUACCUUGCCGCAGAGCUGGACUCCGAGCAGGAAGUGAUGCGGGCACGUCCGCGUAACCCUCAGGAUAAGGUUAUGUACACGCUGGUUUCUGUUCCUGAUGGCAAUGAUAUCUCGUCUAUCUUUGAGCUGGACCCCACCACUCUGAGAGGGGGAGACUCACUUGUGCCGAGAAACUCGUACGUUCGACUCCGGCAUCUUUGCACAAAUACAUGGGUCCAUAGCACCAACCAGCCAAUAGACAAAGAUGAAGAGAAACCUGUCAUGCUAAGAAUAGGAACAUCUCCUCUGAAAGAGGAUAAAGAGGCGUUUGCCAUAGUGCCAGUGUCUCCAGCAGAGGUCAGGGAUCUGGAUUUUGCCAACGAUGCCAGUAAAGUAUUAGCUUCCAUUGCCGCUAAACUUGAGAAGGGCACCAUAACCCAAAAUGAGAGGAGAUCAGUGACGAAGUUGCUGGAGGAUCUGGUAUAUUUUGUGGUGGACAUUCCCAGCAGUGCUCAAGACGUGCUGGAGAUCACAGUCAACAAGCCAAACAGAGAGCGACAGAAACUCAUGAGAGAGCAGAACAUACUUAAACAGAUUUUCAAGCUGUUGCAGGCCCCAUUUACUGACAGUGGAGAUGGUCCUAUGCUACGAUUGGAGGAGCUUGCAGACCAACGCCACGCCCCCUUCCGUCACAUUUGUCGCCUUUGCUAUAGAGUCCUGCGUCAUUCACAGCAGGACUAUCGCAAAAAUCAGGAGUACAUAGCAAAACAGUUUCGCUUUAUGCAAAAGCAGAUCGGAUAUGAUGUGCUUGCUGAAGACACCAUCACAGCCCUUCUUCACAAUAACAGAAAGCUUCUGGAGAAACACAUCACAGCAGCUGAGAUAGACACAUUUGUCAGCUUGGUGCGCAAGAACAGAGAGCCAAGAUUCCUGGACUACUUAUCAGAUCUGUGUGUGUCCAUGAAUAAGUCCAUCCCGGUUACCCAAGAGCUCAUCUGUAAUGCUGUGCUGGAUCCAGCCAAUGCAGACAUCCUCAUUGACACCAAGCUGGUGCUGUCCCGGUUCGAAGUGGCAGGAGCGGUGCUCGGCGAAACCGCUGAGGAAGAAGAGGAAGAUGAAGAGGAGGUCUGGCUGUUCUGGAAAGACAGCAGAGGAGAUGGGAAGAGCAAAAGCAUUAGAGAACUGGCACAAGAUGCCAAAGAAGGACAAAAAGAAGACUAUGAAGUUAUCAAUUAUUACAGGUAUCAGCUGAAUUUAUUUGCACGGAUGUGUCUGGAUCGACAGUAUUUGGCCAUCAACAAGAUUUCGGCCCAGCUGGAUGUGGAUUUAAUCCUGCGCUGCAUGUCAGACGAAGAUUUGCCCUUUGACCUCAGAGCCUCUUUCUGCCGUAUGAUGCUGCACAUGCAUGUAGACCGUGACCCUCAGGAACAGGUGACGCCUGUCAAAUACGCUCGGCUGUGGUCUGAAAUCCCUUCAGAAAUUGCCAUUGAUGAUUACGAUAAUGAUGGAACAUCGCGUGAUGAGGUGAAGGAGCGUUUCUCGCAGACGAUGGAGUUCGUGGAGAAUUAUCUGCGGGAUGUUGUGUGCCAGAGUUUCCCGUUCUCUGACAAGGAGAAAAAUAAGCUUACUUUUGAGGUGGUGAACCUGGCAAGAAACCUUAUCUAUUUUGGUUUUUAUAACUUCAGCGACCUGCUGAGGUUGACAAAAAUCCUUCUGGCCAUCCUGGACUGUGUCCAUAUCAGCACUCCCUUCCCCAUCAAGAUGGAUAGAGAUCCUGGCAAAGGCAGUAAUGUGAUGAGGUCCAUUCACGGGGUAGGAGAGCUGAUGACUCAGGUGGUGUUGAGGGGCGGUGGGUUUUUGCCAUCUACGUCUCACAACCCUCCUAACAGAGAUGAAGUUAAGACUCAAACUGAACCUCAGAAACAAGACAUACUGGUGAUGGACACCAAACUCAAGAUCAUUGAGAUCCUGCAGUUUAUUUUGAAUGUGCGCCUGGACUACAGGAUCUCCUGUCUGCUAUGCAUCUUUAAGAAAGAGUUUGAUGAAAGCACAUCUCAAACAGAUCCAUCUAUAAACCAAGACACCCCUGCCAGUGUUCAAGGCGCACUGGACUUUGAGCACAUCGAGGAACAGGCGGAAGGGAUUUUUGGAGGAAGUGAAGAGAAGACUCCUUUGGACCUUGAUGAUCAUGGUGGCCGAACAUUUCUGAGAGUUCUGCUGCAUUUGACCAUGCACGAUUAUCCUCCAUUGGUAUCACGAGCCCUACAUCUCUUGUUUCGACACUUCAGCCAAAGGCAGGAGGUCUUACAGGCCUUCAAGCAGGUUCAGCUCCUGGUGACGAGUCAGGACGUGGAAAAUUAUAAGCAGAUCAAAUCAGAUCUUGACCAGCUGAGGUCUAUAGUAGAGAAAUCAGAGCUGUGGGUGUAUAAAAGACAGGGGUCCGACUCAGGAUUGGAUGCUGGGGAGGUCACCAAUGAAGCUCACCACAAGGGUGACAAAAGCUCCAGUAGAUCAGACAAACCCAAAGCAGAGAGCACCAGCAGCUCAAACUACAGAGUUGUGAAGGAGAUCUUGCUGAGGCUCAGUAAACUGUGUGUCUUGGAGGGAAUCUCUGGGAAGAAGAACAAGAAACAACAGCAGCGGCUCCUCAGGAACAUGGGAGCGCACAGUGUCGUCCUUGAACUGCUGCAGAUCCCGUACGAGAAGGGGGAAGAUGUUCAGAUGCAGGAGAUAAUGACUUUAGCCCAUCAGUUCCUGCAGAACUUCUGUGCCGGAAACCAGCAGAACCAAACUCUGCUCCACAAACACAUUAACCUGUUCCUCAACCCUGGGAUUCUGGAGGCAGUGACCAUGCAGCACAUCUUCAUGAAUAAUUUCCAGCUGUGCAGUGAGAUUAAUGAACGUGUGGUGCAACACUUUGUGCACUGCAUCGAGACGCACGGACGCAGCGUCCACUACCUCAAGUUCCUGCAGACCAUCGUAAAGGCCGAGAAUAAAUUCAUCAAGAAAUGUCAAGACAUUGUGAUGGCUGAGCUGGUGACGGCAGGCGAGGACGUGCUGGUGUUUUAUAAUGAUCGAGCAUCUUUUCAGUCAUUGGUUGUAAUGAUGCGCCUUGAGAGAGAACGGCUUGAUGAAAACAGUGCGCUCAGGUAUCACAUCCACUUGGUGGAGCUGCUGGCUGUUUGCACUGAAGGAAAAAACGUCUACACUGAGAUCAAGUGUAACUCUCUGCUUCCUCUCGAUGAUAUUGUACGUGUGGUCACGCAUGAAGACUGCAUCCCUGAGGUGAAGGUGGCCUAUGUGAACUUUCUGAACCAUUGCUAUGUGGAUACAGAGGUUGAAAUGAAGGAAAUCUACACCAGCAAUCACAUGUGGAAACUCUUUGAUGAUUUUCUGGUGGACAUCUGCAGAGUUUGCAAUAACACAAGCGAUCGCAAGCACGCAGACACGGUCCUGGAGCGCUAUGUUACGGAAACCAUUAUGAGCAUCGUCACAACCUUCUUCAGCUCACCAUUCUCAGAUCAGAGCACAAGCUUGCAGGUGACCAUCACAUCCAUUAUUCCAGCUCAAGCACAUCACUUGGACUGCGUUUGUUUGAAUUUCUUUGUUUUUUUCUCUCUCUUUCUGUCUCAGACGCGUCAGCCGGUGUUUGUGCAGCUUCUACAGGGAGUGUUUCGCGUGUAUCACUGCAACUGGCUGCUCCCGAGUCAGAAGGGAAACGUGGAGGCCUGCAUCAAAGUGCUGAGCGACGUGGCUAAAGGCAGGGCUAUAGCUAUUCCGGUGGAUCUUGACUGUCAGGUGAAUAAUCUGUUCAUGAAGUCCAACAACAUAGUGCAGAAAACUGCCCUCAGUUGGAGACUUACAGUCCGCAAUGCUACACGAAGAGAUUCUGUUGUGAGCACCUCCAGAGACUAUCGAAACAUUAUCGAAAGGCUCCAGGAUAUAGUUUCUGCUCUGGAGGAACGCUUAAGGCCUUUGGUACAGGCUGAGCUGUCUGUACUGGUGGAUGUUCUCCAUCGUCCAGAACUGCUGUUCCCCGAGCACACCGAAGCUCACCGCAAAUGUGAGAGCGGAGGAUUCAUCUGCAAGUUGAUCAAGCAUACCAAGCAACUGCUGGAAGAGAAUGAAGAGAGGCUUUGUAUUAAAGUCCUACAGACACUGAGAGAGAUGAUGACCAAAAACAGAGGAUACGGGGAGAAGCUCAUGGGAUUUGAUGAUGAGAUGGAUGUCACGGAGGUGGUGGAUGUCAGUCUGCCACCCAAACAGCUGGAGGAUCGGAGGAGGGGGGAAGCGCUGCGGCAGCUGCUUGUCAAUCGUUACUAUGGCUUCAGAAGUGGUGGACGGAGAGAGAGUCUGACUUCUUUCAGUAACUCCGCCCUGACCAAUGUAGUAGGACCAAUCAAAACGCCGCCUGGGGGUUUGAGCAGGGCUGAAAUGUCAUUGAUGGAGGUACAGUGUCAUCUGGACCGCGAAGGGGCGUCCGACCUGGUCAUCGAUCUCAUAAUGAAUGCCACCAGUGACCGCGUCUUUCACGAGAGCAUCCUAUUGGCCAUUGCACUGCUGGAGGGCGGGAAUACCACUAUACAGCAUUCCUUCUUCAAACGUUUAACAGAGGACAAAAAUUCAGAGAAGUUUUUUAGAGUUUUUUAUGAUCGAAUGAAAGCAGCUCAGCUGGAGAUUAAAGCCACAGUGACCGUCAACACCAGUGACUUGGGCAACAAGCGCCGUGAUGACGACGCUCCAGACAAAGAUACCCCACAACGCCGAAAAGGUAAAGAAUCAGGUGUGGUGGUGACAGAUGAUGCUCGCGAGCAGCUGUUGGAGGCAUCUGCUGUGACCAAAAAGGCUUUUGGUUCAUAUCGACGAGAUGCUGAUCCUGAAGAGGCUUAUGGCACUGCUGAUGGUGACAAAGGGGGCGGGGAUAAAGGAACAGAGCAAGGGGAGAUGAGCCCUGUUAUUCUCAUCAUGCAACCAAUCCUGCGCUUCCUACAGCUACUGUGUGAGAAUCACAAUCGAGACUUGCAGAGCUUCCUACGUUGUCAGAAUAAUAAAAACAACUAUAACCUGGUAUGUGAGACCCUGCAGUUUUUGGAUUGUAUCUGUGGAAGCACAACAGGAGGUCUUGGGCUGUUAGGCCUUUAUAUCAACCAGCAUAAUGUGGCUCUUAUUAAUCAAACUGUAGAGAGUCUCACCGAAUACUGUCAGGGACCCUGUCAUGAUAACCAGAAUUGCAUCGCCACCCAUGAGUCCAAUGGGAUAGACAUCAUUAUUGCUUUGAUUUUGAAUGAUAUUAACCCACUGGGGAGGAAAAGAAUGGACCUGGUCCUGGAACUAAAGAAUAAUGCAUCGAAGCUGCUGCUGGCCAUCAUGGAGAGUCGUCAUGAUAGUGAGAACGCAGAAAGAAUCCUGUACAACAUGAGACCAAAAGAGCUGGUGGAGGUGAUGAAAAUGGCCUACCAGCAGGGGGAGACAGAGUUUGAGGAUGACGAACUGGAGAAUGGAGAAGACCAUGCUGCCUCACCCCGCAAUGUUGGACAUAACAUCUAUAUACUUGCCCAUCAACUGUCUCGUCACAAUAAAGAGUUGCAAAUACUACUGAAACCAAGUGGAGAGGACCAGGCCCUGGAGUAUUACACUAAACAUACAGCACAAAUAGAGAUAGUCCGUCAGGAUCGCACUAUGGAGCAGAUUGUGUUUCCUGUACCAAACAUUUGCUCAUUUCUGACCAAUGAGUCUAAGCUGCGUGUGUAUUAUGGCACAGAGAGAGACGAGCAGGGCAGCAAGAUCAAUGAUUUCUUCCUGCACGCAGACGAUCUCUUCAAUGAGAUGAGAUGGCAAAAGAAAUUGAGAGCACAGCCAGUUCUGUACUGGUGUAGCAGGAACAUGUCAUUCUGGAGUAAUGUGUCAUUUAACCUGGCUGUUCUCAUUAAUCUGUUGGUGGCGUUCUUUUACCCUCUGGAUGGAAUGAACGACAGUCCACUGGAUCCCUCUCUUUCUCUGUUGCUGUGGGUGUGUUUGUUGGGUUCACUGGGUUUUGUGUUGAUGUCACCGAGGCCAAACGCAGUAAGAGUUCUGGUCAUCUCCACUGUUUUGCAGCUCGGCUUCUCAGUUGGACUGCAGCAUAUGCUCACACUCCUGGGAGCUUUUAAUGUGUGUAAUAAGAUAGUGUUCAUGCUGAGCUUUGUGGGUAACCGUGGGACAUUCACCCGUGGUUACCGGGUGAUGGUGAUGGACAGAGAGUUUCUAUUUCAUCUGCUGUAUCUUCUCAUCUGCACUCUAGGCCUUUUUGGACACGUCUUCUUUUACAGUCUUCUGUUGUUUGACCUGGUGAACAGGGAAGAAACUCUGUUGAACGUAAUCAAGAGUGUUACACGAAAUGGCCGGUCCAUCGUGCUGACAGCUGUCCUGGGUCUGAUCCUGGUCUACCUUUUCUCUAUAGUGGGAUAUAUGUUCUUCAAAGAUGACUUUAUCCUGGAAGUAAACCGUAUUUACAACAAUACUCUGGAGGAAGGAGUUAAUCUAGCUUCGAGUUUCCUGUCUGAAGGGGUCUGCAAUGCGAAUAAUGAGUCCUGUCUGUCUGUGGAUGCUGAGGAUGAUGUGGAGCGAGCUUGUGAUUCUCUGUGGAUGUGUAUGAUAACUGUAUUGAGUCAUGGUCUCCGGAGCGGUGGUGGAGUUGGAGAUGUUCUGCGUAAGCCAUCCAAAGAGGAGCGUCUGUUUGCCGCACGGGUCGUGUAUGACCUGCUGUUCUUCUUCUUGGUGAUCAUCAUCGUGUUGAAUCUGAUCUUUGGUGUCAUCAUUGACACGUUCGCUGACCUCAGAAGUGAAAAGCAGAGGAAGGAGGAGAUCCUGAAGACCACAUGCUUUAUCUGCGGUCUGGAGAGAGAUAAGUUUGAUAACAAAACAGUGACAUUUGAGGAGCACAUUAAGGAAGAGCACAACCUCUGGCACUACCUGUUCUUCAUUGUUCUGGUGCGGGUUAAGGACUCCACUGAAUACACAGGCCCUGAGAGCUACGUUGCUCAGAUGAUCAAGGAGCAUAACCUGGACUGGUUUCCACGUAUGAGAGCCAUGUCAUUGGUCAGCAGUGAUGGCGAAGGUGAACAGAAUGAACUGCGCAGUCUGCAGGAAAAACUGGAGUCAACAAUGAGACUGGUCUCCAAUCUGACCAAUCAGCUCACGGAGCUCAAAGAACAGAUGACUGAACAGAGGAAACACAAACAGCGGAUUGGUCUGCUGGGAAACCCGGCCCACCUUAACAUCAACCCACAGCAGCCAGCAUGAACGACGGGCCCAUAAGGACAGCCUGACAGGAGAGCACCAAGCAUGUGUGCAUUUAUUUACAUUGCAAGCUGAUACCACCACAGCCCUAAAAAUUGUGUGCUUGCUUAUGUCAUCUCAGCAUGUCAUGUAGCACACAGCAUUCCUUUAGAAAGUGUAACGCCAACAUGUCCUGAUGAUCUUGACUUUGGGGCGUAACUAUCAACUAUCAAUGGCAGACAGAGCGUGUUUGGAAAGAAAAUUACACUUUACUAUUUUUGCAUCAGUUUGGACCGUCAUUUAAAGACAAUUGAGCCUCGUUUCUGUCUGGGGUACUAUAUGUGACUAUGCCUGUGAAAACCAAGCUAAAGUCAUUUUUUGGGUGAUUUACUGUUUUCUACAUAAAAUCAUCCUACAUAAGGGACACUCUGUGAAAAGAUAACUUUGAUAUCCCUGUUGAAACAGGAAAACAAUAAAACCAUUACAGAAAAUUCUAAUGAUUUCCAUUAAAAUACAAAUAGGAACCAUUAGCUUUUACCAUUAAAACCAUUACACUGUAGUGUGUUUUGGGCCAUAUUCCAUUAGAACCAAUAAAAUUCCCAAUAAAACCAAUAGAAUUUCUGUGAUGGUGUCUAUUGAGUUUUUAUUAACAGGGAUAUCUAAUAUUGAUAUUGAAAUCAGCAAAUAAUUUUGAUUAUCUGAGUCCACAGUCUGGAUUUCUCAGACAGGGUCACAUAUUAAUUUGAUUUUAAGGCACUGACAUAUCACUUUAAGAUAACUUUGCACUGUGUACGAGUAUUGUAGGAUGUCUUCACGUGAGCAUACUUCUGAAGGUUUGUCAAAAAUGUCCUUGUAAUUCACAUUUCUAUAAUAAUGGACUUUUUGAGCUUUUUAUAUCGUGUGAAAUUGAUAUAUUUUGUGUCUAUAUUUAUUUUGAUAUACAGAUGUCUUUAUUUCAAGACUUUCUAUUAUUGGCAUCAAUGCAAAAUAACAGCUUGACAAAGCCAACAUAAUAAUAAAACCUACACAUUAAAAAUUUUUAUGUUCAUACAUAAUUAAACUUUAUUACACGGCU